CCAUGUCAGUGAUUGGGUUCUCAGAGGAUGAGAUCAGACAAGUCCUGGAGGUGACAGCGCUGGUGCUGAAGCUGGGAAACGUGAAGCUGACCGACGAGUUCCAGGCCAAUGGGAUACCAGCAAGUGGCGUCUCUGAUGGGAAAGCCACCCCUAGGUGCCCCCAAAGGGACUUCCUGAACCGUUCUCCUGAAGCACUUGGGGAUGAGCCUCUGGAAAUGUUCAAGCUUUGGUCUGUGACUCUCAGAGCCUUAGCCGAAUCUUCUGAUAUACAGGGACAAUCUGACCUGUUUCGGGAGGUUCUCCUGCCAACUGCAGUGACUUACCCAGCUGAAGUCACCCAGGUCCUUCCCCCCACUGAGAUCCCUCGCCACCACCUCGUAUUUCUUUGUCUUUCUAGGGGUUCGGGAGAUUGGGGAGUUGAUGGGUUUGAAUUCGGUGGAACUAGAGAGAGCUUUGUGUUCAAGAACCAUGGAGACAGCCAAAGAAAAGGUGGUUACAGUUCUGAAUGUCAUGCAGGCUCAGUAUGCUCGGGAUGCCCUGGCUAAGAAUGUCUACAGCCGCCUCUUCGACUGGAUAGUGGGCCGCAUCAAUGAGAGCAUCAAGGUGAGAGAGGCCUAUCCCAAAGCCUGCUUCCCUGAGCUUCUUGUCCUGGCUGCCAGUUCCAUUCUCUGGUUUCUGAGAUGCACAGAGAACAGGAAGAGGAAGGUACACUUCCUUCUAGGAGUUUGAGUCCCACAGUCUGGUCUUUCACCUUUGCAAAGAUACUGAGCCUCAGUUUCCCAAUUUGGCCGCA